ACGCUAAGACAAGGAAACGAGGAGACUACAAUCCAGCCUGGGCUGACAUUUAGGGAUUCAGCCGCUGGAAAGUGAGAGGAAGAAGCAAUGGUGUCAAAGAGAUAAUCCAAGUAGACCUGCCUCUGACCAGAGCUGAGCCUCUGCAACCUUACAGGUGGUGGAAACCUGGCUGUGGCCUGAGUGUGAAAAGAGAAGAGAUGUCAAGUGACAACCUGUGAGGAGAGGGGAGUUGAGGUGACCCAAGAAGACAUGUCGUCUACAGGGGAGUGAAGUGUGGGCCAUGAAUGCAGUGAAAUGCACUGAGGUCCCUGCCAACGGUCCAGAGAGCAGGCAGUGCCCUGGACACCCGGAUGUCACCGAGGGUCACGGGGGCCGCGGAGAGCAGAAAAACAAGAGAAACCAUGCAUUGAGGAAGCAGCUACCAUCAACAGAGGGUAAUAAGGUCCUACAGUUAAGACUUCAGCAGAGGAGGACACGAGAGCAACUGGCAGACCAGGGCAUCAUGCCUCACCCGGCCUCAGACGUCUCCUCUCUGGAGGCCCAGAUGAGGCUAAAGCGAGCACGACUCGCCGACGACCUGAAUGAGAAGCUGGCUCUCAGGCCAGGCCCCCUGGAGCUGGUCCAAAAGAAUAUCAUUCCCCUAGACUCUGCCGUCAGAGCGGCCACCAUGACAGUAAACCAUGGCAAGUUCCCUAAGCAAGAGGACUCUUACGCCUUCGAGGAGGACAGCAGCAGUGACAGCCUGUCUCCAGAGCAGCACCACAGUGACGAGUCCCAGGGCUCGGCCUGCCCCUCCUCCGAGGCCGUCGGCAGCACAGCCUCCUCUUCCUCCUCGCCUGCCCUCACCAGCCCACGACAGGGGGGUGCAACUAGAGAUCCUCCCGAUCAAAGUCAGGAUGAAGGGCUGUCUGGUGCCAACAACAGCCAGCCUACUCCACCCAUACCUGUUCCUGCUAUUGUCAAGUCCAAGACUUCAGACAAGAACCGACACAAGAAGCCCAAAGAUGUGAAGCCCAAGGUGAAGAAGCUCAAGUACCACCAGUACAUUCCUCCGGACCAGAAGGCUGAGAAGUCCCCUCCGCCCAUGGACUCGGCCUACGCCCGACUCCUGCAGCAACAGCAGCUCUUCCUGCAGCUCCAGAUCCUCAGCCAGCAGAAACACGCGCACACACAGCCGCACACACACUCACAGCAGCACACGCACGCCCCGCAGACGCAGGCCCAAGCUCAGGCUCAGCAGCGACAGUCCACUUUCAGCUACCAGCCGCUGCACCCGCCAGGCCAAACGCAGAAAGGAGGCAGUGAUCAGCUGUCAGCCUGCAGCUCCAGUGGCUCUACCAGCACCGUCAACAGCAGCUCCCCCUCUCCGGUUAAGACCACAUACCCGAAUCAAACCAACAUCUCACCAGUCAAGCCUGGGCCUUUGCCAGCCAAUUUGGAUGACCUAAAAGUGUCAGAGCUCAGGCAGCACCUGCGUAUCCGUGGCAUGCCUGUCUCAGGCACCAAGACCGCCCUAAUUGAGCGACUCCGGCCCUUCAAGGACUCCAAUGCCAGCUCCUCCCCCUCAGGCUCCAGCGACAUUACCACCAUGACCUUCUCCGUCACUCCCUCGGGAUCCCUGUCUUCCUACCAGUCUCCGUCUUCCUCCAGCGCCCUAUCCCAAGGAGGGUACUACCCUUACCCCAGCACCUCCUCCACCCCUCCCAUCUCUCCGGCCUCCUCCGAGCUGUCCCUCAGCGGCUCACUCCCUGACAGCUUCAGCGAUGUGCCCAUGUCAUCGCCACCGCAAUUCGCCUUGCAGCCAUCCCCAGCUCAGCUCAGCGCCGAGGAGGGACUUGGAGGAGGCAGCAUGGCUGGUGGAGGCCCGCGGGGAGGGGAGGGUGGAGAGUUGGAUGGCCUGGAGGCAGAGAAGGACAAGAUGCUGGUGGAGAAGCAGAAGGUGAUUGAAGAGCUGACAUGGAAGCUGCACCAGGAGCAGAGGCAGGUAGAAGAGCUUAAGAUGCAGCUCCACAAGAGGAAGCGUUGCUAUGGCGCAACCCAGGAUAGCAUCCCCCCUCCCUCUCAGUCACACCACCCCACCAUGCAUCACCAGCAUAAUUCAGCCAUGAUGGGCCAGCACUUUUUCGGGGUGACGAUCAAGCAAGAGCCCAUGACCCUGUCCUCCAGCUGUCCCCUCUCCUCCCCCAAGCAGCUGAAGAGCCCUCCUGGGAGCUGCAUGGAGGAUAUGGGACACUGCAGUGCUCCUGUCCCUAGUAUGGGGGGCUCUGGAGGGCCACGAUGUAUGGACACAGCCCCUUCCUCCGGCAGUCCCUCUGCCAUGUCUGCUUUCCUCAGUCCCCAGUGCUCGCCGCAAGACUCUCCCAUUGGAAAGCCCUCUAGUAGCCCCCAGCCCUCGUCUCCUAAUAACCCAUACCUGCUAUCACCUCCGCUGGGAAGGGACGGCUGCAGUCACCCCCUGCCCCAGGGCAACACCAGAGCACGAAACAUGCAGAUCCAGCAGAAGACUGGAGGCCAGCCAGUGAACUGUUCUUAUUCUGACCAAAGAGGCCUUCAGGGAGUCUUUCCCAACUCAGCUGAUUGUGGCCUUACCCACCGGGGAACAACCAAAGCCACUAAUUCAAACAUGCAACCAAAGAUGUCAAUAUUGCCACCUCCUCGGCAAGUUGGCCAAAAGUGCCAGGUCUCUACCCCUGCCUACAGUAGCUCAGAAUCAGCUGCAUCUGACUUAAGACAGCCCCCAUGCUAUGAGGAUGCAGUCAAGCAGCAAAUGACCAGAAGUCAGCAGAUGGAUGAAAUUUUGGAUGUGCUCAUAGAGAGUGGAGAGAUGCCAGCUAACGCCAGAGAAGAGAGGGAGAGAUCUUCUGUAACCAAAGUUGUGCCUCACAUUACUGUGUCCCCAGGGAGCGCCGGCCUCAUCGUCCCAAGGUUCCACCGACACUAUGAGCACCUGUCCCCUCCUCAGCUUCCUUAUGACCAGUCGGCCAAUCAUAUCACUGACAGCCACCUGGACACUCUGCUGGGCAGUCCCAUUGGCCGCGGUGGGGAGGUAGCCCUUCUUAAAAUGGCGGCUGAGGAGGGAGGGCAGGAAGACGAAGGGAACGGAGACGGCGAUGGAUACAGUAGCCCCAAUAACCACCGCCACCACCACCCUCACCAUCCCCACCAAGACAAACUCCUGGCCAACAAAGACCUGAUGGACACGCCAACCCCUCUGUCGCCCAUCAACACUAAGGUGUCCCCCGUCCCCGAGGUGCAAGGGAUGGUGGGCAUGACCUUCAGCGAGACACCGUGGGAGACGAUGGAGUGGCUGGACCUGACACCGCCCAGCUCGGCCACGGCCUUCAGCGUCGCUCCACCCAACGGUCCCAGCAUCUUCAACACAGAGUUCCUGGAUGUCACAGACAUUAACUUGAACUCUGCUAUGGAUCUUCACCUGGAGCACUGGUGAAAGCACCAGCACCAGCCAUGUGAUGGCUAGCAACAAGCUAGCCAUGCAUCAGCCAUCAAACACAAGACACCAGCUAGCAAGUAGCUACGAGUGACAGACUUGAGAUCAGCUCUGAUAGCGACCAUACCAAAGAAAUACAGAGUGCUGCCCAUACCACAAUCAGUCAAAGUGCCAGCAUUUCUUUCCUGUUGCGCUGCAAUGGGACAAUAUGUCAUUAAGCAUAGACCAUUAGCCUAGAUCCAACGAUUGAUGGCUAAGUCAUAAAUCAAUCCACAGAAUUAUAUUUUGUCAAAGACUGUUAUUUUUCCUCUUUACUGAAAUACCAUGUUCAUGUUGUUGUCAUAACCCAAAUUUUAAAGACCCCAGGUGCUUUAUGACAUGAUCUUUGUCCCUUUGGACAACGAUACGCACAACUACCAAAUCAGUAUGACAGCGGACACAAGAGGGAAAGACGUGAUUGCAGUGCAUUACACCACAACUUCAUGCAAUGUCAGUGUUACGCCAUCUAGACUUGAAGACAUAUUUUGACAAUCAAUGUAUACUUUCUGAAUCUAUAUUUGUAUUACUGGAAACAAGGAAGAAAUUACAAAGCUAAUUGGAUCGCAUAAUAUGGCCAAUUUGUAAAUAUCAUAGCUAUCUGUACUGACAGAGACAAGGCGACGUCUGCAUAUUUUGUCAGCGGUGUGGGAGAAGACACAAACCACAAAACAAGUGUAUUAUGUAUUCAGUUCAUCAUUUGAUGUAAAUAUGACAAAAAAUCUCACUUUGCACCUCUAGCUUAGUACACAUUUGUCACAGUUUGCUUGAGCAUAGAUUUUGUGUGCAGAAAUGGUUGUCAUUCCUUUGAAAGACCUUUUUUUAUACAAGUUUCUUUUCACUAUUUGGCAUAUUUAUUCACAGAAUGACUUUAGGGAGAGAACAGAUGUCUUAUUACAGUUUUAAUCAGCAGGCAAAGUUGUGCCACAACAGGUUAUUGUUAGAAAAGGAGUAUUUAGUAACAAUUUCCACUUCACUAUUAUUCCCAUAGAGAGACUCUGACAAAUUGUAAUAUAGAAAGCUCCAGCAUAAAUCGCAGAAAGUUGACCAUUUUCAUUUUUAUAUUUCCUAGAUUGUAUGACGUUACAAUCAAUCAGCGUUGUUUCCCUCCACAAAACGCUGAGGGAGCGUUAAUGAAAAAUAGAUACAAUUUCAUCUCUAUUACGUGUUCUUAAUACAUACUUAAAUUUUUAUGUCCUUCCAAAAAAUUUCACCCUCUCUAUUAUCAAGACCAUCACAAUUAUUUAUUUUGUUCUUUUAUAUUUAUACAUUAUCGUGUAUUUAUGCUGACAUUCCUUUAUCAUAGAUUGGGAUUCUUGAUUUACCGGAAAACUCCAGUGCUACCGUUCUGACCAUGCAAUUUCUUAGUAAAAACUGUUAAAAUGUGAUGCAAAGUGAACCAGCCACUUCAAAACAAAAAAAAAUCAACAACAAAAAAAAAACUCAUUUUCUUAAAUCACUUCUCCUCUGAGAAAGAUAUGAAGCGGAAAUGUCCAUUAUUAGCACUUGUGAAUAGGAAUAUGAAUAGGAAUAUGUAAUAUAUUCAGAUCUUUACUGUGAAUACUGCACAUAAACACAGCACAAACUUGCACCCGAGCCUAUAAGUAGAUGUCAUAAUGUGAGAUUUUUUUUUAAAUACUUUUCAUUCAGUCUCAAAGAAAUACACUUUCAAAGUUUUUCAGCCUGAAGUCAGUAACUUUGUUUUCAACACAUGAAAGAAAUGAAGUGCCACGGCCGAGAUGUGUCAUGUUGAAAUGGGAGACCCGUCGAAGAAACACUUUGCAUGUACAAUCAUCUGCCUUUCAAUUUGCAAACAUGCAUCGGAAGUCAUUUAGUAUUCUGUUUUGACCAAAUAUUGCUUUUUCCUGUUACUUAUGAAGUAAACUGUUGCACUUGUUAAAUGGGUUUUACAGUUGGUACUAAUGCCCAUCCUCUUAAAAUAUAUGCCAAAGUUGACUUCCUUUACCUUCUAACUCUUGUUGCUCUGUUCUAUCGUUUUAGAAUAUGUACUGGCCUUUUUUUUUUUUUUUUUUUUUUUUUUUUAGUUGAUUUUGCGUCAUUUUCCCUAAUCGAGAGAAAAAUCACAUCUGACAGAAGCUUCCAUGUUGCUUGGCCACUGACUUUGCUUUACUAUUGUUAAAAAAAAAAAGAAAGAAAAAAAAACAGUAUUUGCCUGCACCCCUGUAUACUACAGAAAGAAGAGCAAUAAACACCACAGCAAAAUCA